AUGGCUUCGUCCAGCUCGUCCGCCGCUACUGAUACCGGAUCUUCUCCACCCAUCUGUACCGAGCUCCACGCAUACUACUGCAUGGACGUCCUCGCUGCGCACUUUGAGGGGAGAGAGCCUAUCUCUCCGCCCUUUAAAAAUGCUCAAGCAAGCUACGCCCUCUUCGUCACCUGGAAUACAUCCUCAUCUUCUCGGCCCAACGCCAAACCUUCACUGCGGGGAUGUAUCGGUAACUUUGCACCUAUGCCGCUUGCAAAGGGACUGAAGGACUAUGCUCUCAUCAGUGCGCUACAAGAUCAUCGAUUCUCGCCUAUCAUAGAGCCUGAGCUGUCCAGCUUAUCCUGCAACGUCUCCCUCCUUACACCCAUGACCCCCAUCCUCUCCCCCCUCUCAUGGACAAUCGGCAAACACGGCAUCCACCUCACCUUUCCAUCCCCCUCGAACCCCUCCCGUACCCUCUCAGCGACGUACCUCCCCGAAAUCGCGGAAGAGCAAGGGUGGACGAAGGAAGAGACGGUACUUUCGGCAAUCAAGAAGGCGGGAUAUAGGGGGAGGGUGGAGCCCCGGGAUGAGGAUGAGGUGUGGAGGAGUCUGGAGGUGCAGGUUUAUGAGAGCGAGAAGAGUGGGGCGGGGUGGGGGGAGUAUUGGGACUGGAAGAAAGGGCGGGGAACUGAUUGA